AUGAAUUAAAGAGAGAAACUUGCUUAUUAUCCACAUCUACUUGUAUUCCUAAUUUUUGAUAUCUCUAUAGGGAUAAUCAGAUAAAAUAAUCAAUUAAAACAUAGAUAGUAAAAAGGGAUUGGAGGAAUAUUUAAUAAUAAUGUAGGAAAGAGCUAAUAUUGAAGAAAAUUAUGCAAAAGCUUUAAGUAAAUUAUAAUUAUAAAUUGAUAAAUCAAAGUAAAUGAAAUUCAAAAAUGAAUUAGUUUUAUUUUUAUGAGGGAAUAGUUAGUUAAUUAAUUGAAAAAUAAGAUUACAAGGAUUGAAAAUUUUAUUGAAUUAAUUAGAACAGAAUUUAAAAAUUAGAUUAAGGAGACACUUUAUUAAUAGAAUUAGAUUUCUAAUAAAAUUAUAGAUGAAAUUAAAUUAUUAGAAGAGACUUUAACAGAAAAAAAGAGUUAGGUUUUAUCUACAAGAAUGGAUUACAAAUUAAAAUCAAGAGACUUUGAAUAAUCUGCAAUUUUAGAUAUGAUUUAUUAACAUAGUUUUGAUGUUCCAGAAGAUUAAACUAUAAAAUAAAUAUGCAAGUAUAUUUUAUUAUCAAAUAUUAUUUAGAACUUAAUAUAUAUCAAUUGAAUGUUCUAAAUUAAAGAAAUAAUAUUAAUUAUCAACUAUAGCUUACAAUGAAUUUUUGGAUGUUUAUAAAACAAAAAUGGAAAGUUAUCUUAUUUAAAUGGAAGAAUUUGAGUAGACAAAAUUAUUAGUUCAUAAGGAUACAUUAUUAAAAGUUUUCUUAAUAGAAGUUUCAAUGUAUAAAUAGUAAUGUUAAGAAAUUGAAAAGUUUAAUGAAUAAAUAAAGAAUACAAAUAUUUAAGAUGAGAUUGAAAAUUUUAUAAUGAAAUAUUCAAGACCAGAUUAUUAACCAUAAUAGAUAGAAUUUAAAGAUUAUUGUUCAUUUUUAAUUAGAGAAAUUGAGUCUUUAAGAUCUUAAGAAUAUCAUAAAUUAACAGAUAUAAUUAAAGCCUAUUCUGAAACAUUUUAAACUAUUUUUUCAGAUAUUGUUUUGAAGAAUGUAUUAAUUGUUUUUAAAUCGUAGAAUUAAUAAUCUAUUGAAUAGAAGGAUGUUGACAAUAUGAUUAAUGGAGAAAGUAUUUAAGGACUUUUUAAAUUUUUCCAAAUCCAUGUUAAUUCUAUUUGGAAUGAUGGUUAAUUUAAAAAUGAUCAAACCAUAAUAGAAUUAUUGAAAUCAAGUACUUUAAAUAAAUUACUUUGGUUAAUUGCAUUAGAUAUGUUGGCUGAUAAGAAUAAUUACAGAGUUCCUAAUUCUUAAGCUUAUGAAAUCAUUAUUAAAUGGAGUUAGAUAUUAAUUAAUUUUGUAAUUACUUAUCAGUUAUUUUAAGUGCUUGGAAUUAUCAGAUGUUACACCUUUAAGAAAGUUAAUUACAUUAAGUUCUUUAAUAUAUAUUUCUGUUUCUAAUAAAAAGCAUUAUUUGAUGCAUAGUAUCAAAAAUAAUAAUAUCUUUACCUAAUCAGAUUUUAUUGAGGCCAAUAUCAUAGAGGCAACUUAUGAUGGUUUGGUUGAGGAGGUAAAAGAAGAAUCAAAUUAAAUAGAGAAAAUUAAAAGGUUUAUUCUAUAUAUAAAUUCUAUAGAUAAAAGAUUAAUUUUUUUACAUAGAUAUCCAAAGUUUGUUUCACUUUGUUGAUCUUUAAUUAGAAUAAUAUAAUCAAAAAUUACUCAGAAAAAUAUUUAAAGCUAUUAAGAAUGGCUCCUAAUUCAGUAUAGGAUUUAACAUAUUAAAUUGAGAGUUAUCAAUAAUUGUGA